GUUUCGAAGGCACAAGUAAUCACUUGGAGUUUCGCUCUUGCGUUGGAAGCAGUUGUUAUUGUCGUUGGAAACUUGUUCACUAUUGUACUCUUUGCAUCUAACAAAAAGCUUCGAACUAAGAAAAGUUUAUAUCUUGUUCUGAAUAUGGCGUUUGCUGAUCUGGUGCUUGGAGGUGUGUGUCUUCCUACAUCUGUUUAUGUUCUUGGUACUCGUAACCGGUUAUCGCAAGAACUUACAACUCCAACCAGUUUUUUAAAAAUUGUCGUUACGGUUUUCUCGCAAGCCUCACUCAUUACCGCUGCUUUGAUAUCUGCAGAGAGAUUUUACGCCAUCUAUUGGCCGCUGAAGCACCGAACACUUACUUCGCGAGCAAACAAGCUCGUUAUUUUGACGGUGUGGAUUGUAGCAACUCUUUUUCAUACGGUUUAUCUUCUGCCAUUCUUCACCCCUCUAGCUGUGUAUACGUUCGUAUCUUUUUACGCUUUGUUUCUAGUUCUCACAAUUUGUGGUUUUAACAUCGGUAUCUGGCGAAAAUGCCAGCAAAAAACUACUUCUCAUCACCAGAACAGAGCCUUACAAAAUCAGCGCCUGACAAAGGCGUUAAUAUUAGUAUCUAUUUCGACUUCGUGUUUUUGGUUCCCGACGAUUAUUUACAAUUUGAUAAGUAUUUUUGGAUACAAAAUGUCUGAAAACAUUUUCCUCCUAACUUUGUUUAUACAUUUUACCAGCUCGUUUAUCAAUCCAAUAGUGUACGCUUUGAGAAUUCCUGAAUCUAGGCAAUCUUUAGAUUUCUUCUGUUUUAGAAGG